AUGGAGGAGAAGUACCUGCCAGAGCUGAUUGCGAAGAAGGACUCGCUGGACCCCUCCGUCACGCACGCCCUGCACCUGGUGAACCAAGAAAUAGAAAAGUUUCAGAAAGGAGAAGGCAAGGAGGAAGAAAAAUACAUUUACAUGGUGAUUAAUAAGAACAUGAAGCUGGAACAGAAGGUGUUAAUUUCUGUAAAACAGUUUCCUAAGUUCAACUUUGUGGGGAAGCUUUUGGGUCCACGUGGCAAUUCCCUGAAGCCUUUACAAGAAGAAAUCUUGACAAAAAUGUCCAUCCUGGGAAAAAGCUCCAUGAGAGACAAGGCACAGGAAGAAGAGUUGAGGAAGAGUGGAGAAGCUAAGUACUUCCACCUCAGUGAUGAUCUCCAUGUCCUCAUUGAAGUCUUUGCCCCGCCAGCAGAAGCCUAUGCCCGGAUGGGCCAUGCCUUGGAAGAGAUCAAAAAGUUCCUCAUCCCCCACAACAAUGAUGAGAUCAGACAAGCACAGCUCCAGGAGCUAACGUAUUUGAAUGUUGGUUCAGAAAAUGCAGAUGUCCCAGUGGUUCUGGGGAAACCCACCCUGUGGACAAGCGGUGUGCCAGCCCCAGGGAUAACCAGGGGAAGAGGAGGAGUCUCCGGAGUCACCGCCUGGCCAGUUGUCAUUGGUGUGCCCCAUGGCACUCCAGCUCUCAGAGGAGUCCUGUCCACACGGGGGCCAGUGAGUCAGGGAAUAGGCCUUCUCACUCCCAGAGCAAGAGGGGUCCCCCCUACUGGGCACAGACCUCCACCGACCCCCCUGACACAAGAGACCUAUGGAGAGUAUGACCACGAUGGAUACAGCACUGUGUAUGACGAACAGAAUCACGAUUCCUACGAGAACAACUACAGUGCACCUGCUCAGAGUGGGUCUGAUUAUUAUAAUUAUGGACAUGUACUCAGUGAGGAGACUUAUGAUUCCUAUGGACAAGAGAAGUGGACUAACUCAAGACACAAGGCACCUUCAGCAAAGACAGUGAAGGGCGUCUACAGAGACCAGCCAUAUGGCAGAUACCGAUUGUACUGUCUCUUGUUGUGA